AAACGUUCUUCGAAUAAGACCACAUUCGCUCUCCAACAAUCAUGAAAGCUAUUAUUUUCUUCGUUUUGCUGUGUGCAGUAGUAACGGCCCAUGCGGCGGAAAGAACAUGCCCAGAGAGAGAUGAUAUUUUCAAUCCAGUGCACAUUCCGCACGAAACCGAGUGUACCAAAUUCUACAAGUGCUUGAACGGUGAAAAAAUCGAAAUGGAUUGCCCCGAAAACUUGCACUGGAACAUUGAGCAGGACUACUGCGACUAUCCGGAUGUAGCUAACUGUGUACGUCCGAUAAUACACCAUUCAUUUGUGCAAUAUUAGUGGAAUUAAGUUUGUCAAUAAAGAAAGCA